AUGGCGGCAACUCUGCACUCUAUGCUCACCCUUGUGCUGCUGGUGCUCCUCACAGUCUGGCCGGCUGAUUCCUCGUCGCUUGUUGGAAAGCAUGAGGACCGUGAAGCACUGUUGGCAUUCAAAGAGGCGCUGUCAGAUGACUCGGGCUCACUAAGAUCAUGGAACGGCAGCAGCUCCGACUUCUGCCGUUGGCCCGGCGUGACAUGCAGCCGCCGGCAUCCGGGCAGGGUGGUUUCUCUGAGGCUGAGCUACUGCAACCUAGGAGGUACCAUCUCUCCUGUCAUCGGCAACCUCACCUUCCUUCGGACGCUCGAUAUCGAAGGCAACAUGCUGUCAGGGGACAUACCGCACACCAUCAACCGGCUACACCGUCUGCGCUCUCUCCAAUUGGGCAACAACUCUCUUGCCGGUGAGAUUCCUGCAGGCCUAGCCAACUGUUCCAACCUUGUGUUCCUGGACUUAGAGAUGAACCUGAUUCGUGGGGGAAUUCCUAGUGGUCUAGGGUCGCUAUCUCAGCUGCAAACCCUCUAUGUUGACGAGAAUAAUCUCGUAGGACAUAUACCUCCAUCACUCGGUAACGUCUCUCUACUGGAACAAAUAUCACUCUUUCAGAACAUGCUGGAAGGAACCAUCCCAGAGGGUCUUUCCCGUUUGAGAUAUCUCAAAUACAUCCAAGCUGGGAGGAACAACCUCACGGGCACAAUUCCACCUCUCUUCUUUAACAUAUCAUCCCUCCAGUAUUUCGGUUUCAGCUCAAAUAAUCUGCAUGGCAGAUUGCCACCAGAUGCAGGCAGGCACCUUCCUGACCUUGAAGUGCUUCUUUUGGGUGGCGCUAUGAACAAGAACAGCUUCUCCGGAACACUCCCUGCGUCCCUCUCAAAUGCCACCAAACUAAAGCAGCUGGUCGUUGCCAACAACCACUUCGGAGGAAGGGUGCCUCCUGAGAUAGGGACGCUCUGCCCGGUGCUUGUUGAGAUGGGGAACAACAUGCUGAAAGCUGAGGAUGAUGCGGGCUGGGAGUUCCUCAGAUAUUUCACCAACUGCACCCGUCUAGAGGUUCUGGAUGUUGGUUAUAACACCCUGGGAGGAGUGCUUCCAAGUUUUGUAGCCAAUUUCACAGGUCCAAUACACCUGCUACUCAUGGCAAUGAAUGGGUUGUCUGGGGUAAUCCCUCCGGGUAUCGGAAACCUCAUCAGCCUUGAGGACCUAGAAUUCGCUGGAAAUAAUCUGCAUGGUGUUUUACCUGAGGACAUUGGAAGACUUCAAAACCUGAAAUUUUUCACUCUGGGGGGGAAUCUCCUAUCAGGAGGUAUACCACCCUCCUUUGGCAACCUCACAGAACUGCUCACCCUUAUAUUGUCAAACAAUGAGCUCAAUGGCUCCAUUCCUGAGAACCUUGGGAGCUUGCACAGGUUAACAUCCAUGACAUUAUCCUUCAACAGGCUUACCGGUGCUAUCCCUGGAGUAAUAUUCAGCCUCUCAUCACUAACUGAUUCAUUGUUACUUUCUCACAAUUAUCUUUCUGGUGUUCUUCCUCCACAAAUUGGUAGCCUCCAGCAUGCGACAACAUUGGAUCUGUCAAAAAACAACUUAUCUGGUGAAGUACCAGGAGCACUUGGAGACUGUGCAAGUUUAGUAUACUUAUCUCUCGAUGACAAUUACUUCACUGGGAGCAUCCCUCCAUCAAUUGGUAAUUUGAAGGGCUUGACCAUGCUGAAUUUCACAAGAAAUGGUCUGUCUGGUAGCAUCCCUCAAGAGUUGAGCAAGAUUCAUGGGCUGCAAAAGCUUUACCUAGCUCACAACUCUCUGUCUGGAGCCAUUCCACAACUUCUCCAGAACUCAAGCGCUCUUGUAGAGCUGGAUCUCUCCUAUAACCAUCUAGAGGGUGAGGUGCCGUCACAUGGGGUGUUCACUAACAUGAGUGGGUUUUCUGUAAUUGGAAAUGAUGGGCUUUGUGGUGGCGUUGCAGAGCUAAAAUUGCCUUCAUGUGAGGUCAAGCCACACAGCCACCGUAAACGGUUGCAACUGAAGAUUUUUCUUCCAGCUGUUGGCAUCGUUAUAUGUUUAGCUCUUCUAUUGGUUGCACUCUUUCUGUUCAAAGGGAGAAAAGGAUUGGACAGGAUCAAUGCUACACAAAACCAUUUGUUGGACAACAAGUAUCCUAGAGUUUCAUACCUCCAACUUUUUGAAGCUACGGAUGGUUUUGCCCCUACUAAUCUGAUAGGAGCUGGAAAAUAUGGAUCUGUUUAUAAAGGAAAUUUGUCUCUUACAAGUGCUAGGGAUUCUGUAGUCGCUGUCAAAGUGUUUGCUCCACAGCAACCUGGUUCUUCCAGAAGUUUUUUGGCUGAAUGUGAGGCUCUACGACAAGUGAAACAUAGGAACUUGAUCAAUAUUAUCACCUGUUGCUCCAGUAUAGACUCUAGAGGGAAUGACUUCCAAGCUCUAGUCUUCGACUUCAUGCCCAGGUACAGCUUGGACAGGUGGCUGCAUCCAAGAAGCAAUGAGCAGACACACAAGUUAAGUCUAACCCAACUGAUGAACAUUGCGACUGGUGUAGCAGAUGCACUAGACUAUCUUCACAACAGUAGUUGUCCAACAGUGAUCCACUGUGAUUUGAAGCCUAGCAACAUCCUCCUUGGUAGUGACUGGACUGCUUAUGUUGCUGACUUUGGGCUUGCAAAGCUGAUUGGUGAAUCCAUGGACCGAUCAAAUUUGAAUAUUGGGACUGAAAGCACUAUUGGCAUAAGAGGAACCAUUGGAUAUGUUGCUCCAGAAUAUGGAGCAGGUGGUCAGGCAUCAGUUGCUGGUGAUGCCUACAGCUUUGGGGUUACUCUGCUUGAGAUGUUCACAGGGAAGGCACCAACUGAUGGUAUGUUCAUAGAUGGCUUGACCCUGCAGUUGCUUGCUGAGGCAGGAUUACCUGACAAGAUAUCAGAAAUCAUUGACCCAGAACUAUUGCAUGAUGAAGUGCAUGACAAUGGUUCGGGGAUACUCAGUUGCUUAGCUUCUGUAGUAGGAGUUGGAAUUUCAUGUUCGAAGGACAACCCGUCAAACAGAAUGAACAUGAAAGAUGCUGCUGCUGAGCUGCACAGAAUCAAGGAGUAUUUGCAGAAAUCCCUUAGGACUUAA